GCCUCCCCUUUGGAGAGGCGCUUGGCUUUCUCUGGCUGCCCUUUUGCCCCUUUCAAGUAGUCGAUGACCCCAUCCCAACCCUUUCACCACUGUCUCUCUUCCUCCUUCCCUUUGCUCGACUGCCCCUCAUUUCCAAUUCCCUCAUACCCGUCGUCAAAGGCACCGUAAGUCCCUAUUCUUUCUCGCGACACUCACCAUCUCUGUGAAAGAGAGAGACGGGAGGGAAACAGAGACUGAGAGCUAUAGGUUUAGAAGCAAGAAUUGGGGACUCAGAGAGAUGAUUGUAGAAGCAAGAGUUGUCCACAAUUCAGUGCUUGAACUGCUCUCUUAGACAGUUGUAGUUGCUGGAAAAGAAAGGUGGUGGCCAUGCUGUACCACUAUGGUGGCGCAGUUCCGUUCUCGCUGCCGCUGCCGCUGCCGACGCCGACUGAGCCCGUGUCUGUCAUCAGCAUCCCGCGGCCGCCGAUGCAGCUGCAGCCGGCGGGGACGAGUACUUUCGAGGAAUUGCCAGCCGACGGCCCUGGCGGCAGCGCGGCCGGCAACCUCCAAGACGACAUGCCGACCGACGUCGGCGCCAGCGGGGCUAAAGCGUCCGGCUCCGGCGGCAACCGGUGGCCGCGCGAGGAGACGCUGGCGCUCAUCGGGAUCCGGUCGGAGAUGGACGCCGACUUCCGGAACGCCCCCCUCAAAGCGCCCCUCUGGGAGGAUGUCGCCAGGAAGCUUGCGGGGCUGGGAUACCACAGGAGCGCCAAGAAGUGCAAGGAGAAGUUCGAGAACGUGGACAAGUACUACAAGCGCACCAAGGAAGCCCACCGCGCCGGGCGGCAGGACGGCAAGAGCUACCGCUUCUUCUCGCAGCUCGAGGCUCUGCACGCCGCGACCCCGCAGCAGCAGCAAAGGGCCACGGCCAUGACCACGGUGCAAGCUGAUCAUCAGUCGUUGGCAACAAUGGCAUGGACGACACCCCCUGCGGCGCUAGCGCCACCCGGCGCCAGCUUGCCGGACCUCAGGUUCUCGUCGAUGUCGGGGUCCGCGUCCGAGUCGGACGACGAGUUUGACAACGACGAUGAGAGCCUCGGCAAGGGCGAGAGCGACUGCGGCGGGUGCGACAAGGAGAUGAUGGCGCUCUUCGAGGGGAUGAUGAGGCAGGUCACGGAGAAGCAGGACGCGAUGCAGCGCGUGCUCCUGGAGACGCUCGAGAGGUGGGAGGCGGAGCGCACGGCGCGCGAGGAGGCGUGGCGGCAGCAGGAGGUGGCCCGCAUGAGCCGCGAGCAGGAGCAGCUCGCCAGGGAUCGCGCCGCCGCAGCCUCCCGCGACGCCGCUCUGAUCGCGUUCCUCCAGCUUGUCGGCAACGGGCAGCCCGUGCGGCUCCCUCCCGCCAGCGCCAUUGCCGUGCCCACUCCAAUGCCUGACCGCUUCCCUCCGUUGCCACACCACGACGCGGCGGCCAUCUCGCUUCAGCCAGUGCGCGUGCCGCCCAAGUCGGAGGAGGCCUGGGCGUGGGCAGGAGGCAAGAGCAGCGGGUCGACGUCGUCGCGGUGGCCGAAGGAGGAGGUGCAGGCGCUGAUCCAGAUGCGGACGGAGAAGGACGAGCAGUACCAUGACACGGGCCCCAAGGGGCCGCUUUGGGAGGACAUAGCCGCCGGGAUGCGGAGGAUCGGGUACAACCGGAGCGCGAAGCGGUGCAAGGAGAAGUGGGAGAACAUCAACAAGUACUUCAAGAAGGUGAAGGAGAGCAACAAGAGGCGCCCCGAGGACUCCAAGACCUGCCCUUAUUUCCACCAGCUCGACGCCAUGUACCGCAAGAAGCGUUUCGCCGGCAGAGGAGGCAACACCGGCUCCGGCACCGCACCCAAUAUGGCCGUUGUUGCCGCCUCUGGGCAGGAGAACCUGAGCCAGCGCGAGCUCGAGGGGAAGAGCAUCAACGAUGUUGACCAGCGGAGCACCGGUGCAGCAAGCGUGCAUGCUACCGCUGGCAAAGGCGAGACGGCACCGACGACCGCCGCGCUUGAUGACGGCCCCCAAAACAAUGUGAUCUUAGAACGUUCCGCGUAAAGGUUUCAUACUUGUAAGUCAAUUAAUUGCACGCAAGCUAAAUAAGGAUUGACGCUGCACACAGAAGGCAGAAGACAUUGUGAGGGACACAAAUGUGCAGCUCCAGCAACACGAGUUCACAGAGGUCAGAGGACGAGACGGACAGCGACGACAUGGGAGGCAACUACACUGAUGAAGGCAACAAUGAAGACAAAAUUCAGUACAAGAUGAGCUUCCAGAAGCCUAAUGUGAUCGGGAGCAGCGGCGACACCCCUGCACCACCAUAGACGACUGCGGCAGCGACGAGUUCAGCUGCCGCAACAAGCAGCACCUUCUUUGCCAUUCAGUAGACGGCAAUGAAGCAGGACCGGUGCCAGGUGACCAGCAUCAGUGGCAUCACCGUCUUCAUCGGCCCAUAAUCACAAAUCUAUUACAUAUAUUAAAGGGUCAAGAUUUGAAGCAAUUUGAGGGGCUAAUUUACCGUAGCUAUUGUUUAUGUAGGUUACAUGUAUGUGUACAUAUAU